AUGGUAAUUGAUGUUAAUGAGCAGCAAGCCAAGGAGAAACACUGGGUCACCAGAUGGGGUCGAAAAAGAGCCGGGCAGCCCUCCAAGCAGCAUCUCCCCGCAGCCAGCCCGCAUCCCAGGUCCCAGGCUCCAUCUAGUGAAAGAGCCCGGGAUGGCUGGGUGGCAAUAAAGAUUCAGAGGCGCUGUAUCGUGCCGUACCGUGCCAUACCGGGCCAGAGCGGGCCGUAUAGGACCGCCCCGUUGCGGGGUCCCGUUCACCAAGCGCUCCCCCCGCGGCAGCCCCUGCCCUGCGAGGCCGCCGCCGCCGCCGCCGCCGUGUCGCUGCCCGAUGCCGGCCCUCACGUUAACUACGGCUGGGGGGAACCCAUCCGGCUGCGGCACCUCUACACCGCCAGCAAGCACGGGCUCUUCAGCUGCUUCCUGCGCAUCGGCGGGGACGGCAGGGUGGAUGCUGCCGGGAGCCAGAGCCCGCAGAGUCUGCUGGAGAUCCGUGCUGUAGCGGUGCGCACCGUGGCCAUCAAAGGCGUGCGGAGCUCCCGGUACCUCUGCAUGGACGAAGCAGGGCGGCUGCAUGGGCAGCUCAGGUAUUCCACUGAGGAUUGUUCCUUCGAAGAGGAGAUUCGUCCAGAUGGCUACAAUGUAUAUAAAUCAAAAAAAUAUGGAAUAUCGGUGUCUUUGAGUAGCGCCAAGCAAAGACAACAGUUCAAAGGAAAAGAUUUUCUCCCGCUAUCUCACUUCUUACCUAUGAUCAACACUGUGCCCGUGGAGUCAACAGACUUUGGUGAAUACAGUGAUUACAGCCAGGACUUUGAAACAGAGGUGUACUCCUCACCUCUUGAAACAGACAGCAUGGAUCCUUUUGGCAUCACCUCUAAACUGUCGCCGGUGAAGAGCCCCAGCUUUCAGAAAUGACUCUAAUCACACACACACACAUAAAGAAAUAUUGCAGAUUACUGCAGGGUUUUUUAGCUUUUUAUGUAGUGAUAUUUUGAACUUUUUUGUAUGGAGCCAGCUUUUCCUUGCAAUGUGUUGUACCUGUAAGAGAUGAGUGAGUGCCUAGGGUCUAUUCUGUAGUGUAAAGAAUUGCCUAUCUCUACUUUUAUUUGGAAAAGAAAGAUUAAAUAAGAAAAGCUUAACAGCUCCGUCAGAGUUCCUCCAUUACUGUGAUGAUGAUAAAGUAAUUAUCAUUUUUCUACAUCAACUUCAUUGCCACAUACGUUCACCUAUUAUUUCUGCUCGUAGAAGCAAAUGUAGAAAACUUUUUUUCCUCUUCAUUAGGACCAGUGGACAAAAAUUUGGAAGAAAACACAAUUAAGGAAAACCUAGCAAAUGUGGUUACAUGAAGUAGAGUUAACACUGUUUCUUGAAAAGCUGCUGACAAUGCCCUGGGAAAACUUUCUAUUGAAAGUAUACCACUGAAAAAACAAUUCUGCUUGUAUAUUGUGCUUUUUCUUCCCUUAGGAAAUAAGGGAAGAAAGGGAAAAUUUCUUCCUUCCUUUAUUACUAAAGGGUACUUUGGAAAACUGGAUCUUUGAUUUCUUUUAUAGGCUAAUUUAUGUUCACUGUGGCAUCAACAUCAUCCCGCAGAGAGUUCUUGUCAACAUUAGUGAGAAUUCUGUGUGUGGUUGGAAGAAUGCACAUUUACGUUUAUCAGGUAGGGGAAUGAGCAGUUCGAAUUGGUGUUUAUAUUAAGAUUCUUGUGUAAGCACGCAUAUUAUUAGGAAACAGAGAGAAAGACUGAAAAUGGAUGAUGUAUAGGUCAAAUCAGUUGCAAACCAGGAUUUUGUAUUUAACUUCUAACCAUCAGACACUCCUUCAAGUGCCUUCCAGGCUUGAUUCUGCAUCUGUGGGAAUCAAUGGAGAGACAGGUUAUUGACUUCAAUGCAGAAUUGGGUCAGCCACACCAUUCAUGCAUGAACAGACUGAGUACCUUGUGGCCCAAAUGUGAAUGUUCCGUGUCUUCAGUUCUGUUCCCCUAUUGUAACAAUCUGACAAUGGAAUAAUCAAGCUUAAACCAAAGAAAAAAAAGCCACCAGCAAUGUGAGAAAAGGGUUCAGGGAUUCUAUUUGUUUUUGAAGGUUCAUUUAUGAUAGAGAUUUCUACACAGAAAAAGCUCUACUGGAAAUACUGGUAUUCUUCUGACCUAGCACUUCAUUGCCAAUGCAAUAUUUAUAAUUAAGUUAUUGAAUACAUACAUCUGUUUAUUUUGUUACUGUUAUUUAUGCUCAAAAUUCUAUUUAUAUAGUC